AUUAGUAUGAAAUAAUAUUUUUUUAAGAUGCACAUACAAAGUACAUGAGUUUUUCUUUUUAUUAAAAAUCGGGGAAAAAUUAGAUGCACUUUUAUGUCAAGUAGAACUGUCAAUUGUAAAUUGUCAACAAUUCUAAAUUUGCCAAAACUGGCCUCCGUCGUGUGUUGUUGAUUUGAUAAACAAACACAAGCAAUUUUACACGCAACGGUGAAAUGAACGAACUUACGCUAGAAAAUCUACGAACGAGAUUCAAUCUUGUUUGCCGAUUUUGUUUAUCGGACAAUGACUGUUUUCCACUGUUUUUGCCCGAUGGAAAUAUCAACAAACGUUUGCAAAAAGGCAUCGAAAUCAUUAUGUCGAAAGUGGACGAAAACGACGGACUGCCCAACAACAUCUGCAGUAUGUGCUUGCAACGAAUCGAGGAUUUUGUGGACUACGAAGCAACGUGUAUCAAGUCGUACGAAAUUCUGCUGAAAUGUAUAACCGAAUCGACGGGUGUUAAAAACGGCGACAAGCAGCUAACCGUUGAAGUGCUUAUGGUGGACACAGAACAACCGGAUUACAUCGACGAUGGCGAUGGUCCACAUUUUGUUGCCGAAGAAGAACAAAGCGCACAAUACAUUGAAUACAUUGGAACGCGGCAAGAUUCAGUAGACAAGCAUGAAGAACUGAGCACGGCCACCGUCGAGGUACAUGAUAAAAGGGACGUGCUUGAGACUCCAGCAACUGAAAUAGGAAAAGAAGUGUCCCAUACUUCCCCUGUUGAACGGGAAUCAGUUCAUUGCAUUACUGAAGACAUGAAUAUCAAAGCCAUCAAUGCCAAAGUGGUGGAUUAUUGUUAUCGCAACAAUCGAAAAAUACCUAUUGUUCAGUGCAUGUUUUGCGACGGAACAUACCGUGGCAGGAAUACACUUCGAAAGCAUUUAAAGAUACAUUAUCAAAUCAAAAACUAUUCAUGUUCUUACUGCGAGCGAACCUUCGCCGAUCGGACGUCACUGCGUCUGCAUGAAGUGCGACACUCGGAAAAGAAAUCUUUCAAGUGUACCCACUGUGGCCGGGCCUACUAUAGUCAAAUUGAGCUGAACCAGCAUUGCAUAGCAAAGCACGGAGGUAGGAAAUACCUUUGUGUAGUAUGCAGCAAACUGUUCCCUUCCAAAGCAACCCUGCACGAUCACUCACGCGUACAUCAAACCGAUCGCCCAUUCGUUUGCAGCACAUGUGGCAAAAGCUUCAAACGUAACCGCAAUCUUGUACGACAUUUCAACAGUCAUCAGAAAAACGAAAUCGCAGCUCAGAGCAAAUCGCUAGAGCGAACUGCUACAGUUGCCAUCAGUUGUCAAUACUGUGAAGAAGUAUUUAAAAUACCUUCCGAGCUGUUAGAACACUUAAUACAGAUGCAUUCUCAAGAGUACGAGCAAAGUCAUGAAGGCACCCAUUACUGUUCGCUUUGCCAGAGCAAGUUCAAUGAUAUGAAGGACUACCUGGCACACCAGGCAGAACAUAACUUGAUGGUGAUCACUGUUGGAGAAAAAACAGUAUACCAGUGCUUAGAUUGUGGUAAACAGUUACGCUACCGAUCUUUGGCAGAAAAACACGUUCAGUCGCACAGCACUGAACGUCGUUUUCAAUGUAAUGUUAGUGAUUGUUUGAAAACGUACAAAUUUAAAGUACAUUUAACUCGCCAUAUGCGCUCAGCUCACAGCGAAUAUCAAACGUAAUAGCAAAAUCAAUAAAUAGCCAAAUUCUUUUACAACAAAAUGUACAAAGUGAUUUGAAAAUAGGAAAUUGAGAAUAAGAAAAGCAUAAACUUAACACUGUGGUAGUCAAAGCCUCCCUACCUGAGGUACCUAAGUUUGUAGUUAACCACUAAACGAGCAAGUUGAUGUUUCAGUUUAACUGUAAUAUGCAGGAGUUUGCUCAGGAAUUGCCUUCCGAGUGGGAACCCAAUAAAUGUCUAAUUCUACCUACAGGUAAGUAGAUUAGCUUAUAUUAAAGUUUAUAAAUUAAUAUGUCUGCAUGAACUCACAGUAAACCUAAAAAAACGCGAAACGUGUUUGGAAGAAGAUCUUGUAU